AUUUACUUUUCCCCACAAAAGUCUUCUACUUUUUUUAUUUUUACAACCAAAAAAGAAUAAUCAAACAAACCCAAAAUAUCUAUCCUAAAUCCUCAUCCUCAUCCAACCCAUCACACAUUUUCCCGCUUAAUAACUCAAUAAAUCCAAUUAUCCACAACUUAAUCUCCUUUUCACUUCAUUAAAUAAAUAAAUUCACUCGUUCAUAUUUUCCGAGAAAAUAAUUGAUUUUUUUUCUUAAUUUUCUAAGCUUUUUCAAUGCCGCUUCUAUUACACUACCCCGAGGUUCACGUUGCUCUUCAAUUCGCACAAAACCCUAACCCUAAUCGAAGGAAACUUCACUGCUUCAAACCCUAUGCAAAAUUGAACGCGGUUGGAACAAAGAACGGGGUGAAAUUUUCCAACGAAGUAAAGGAUUGUGCGGUUUUUGAUUUGGAUUUGGAUUUGGAUUUGAAUAGGAACGUGAAGCAGUUUGGUCAGUUUUCGGUUCCGGUGAAGAGUAGUUCGCGGUCGAGUAAAGAGGAAGAGGAAGAAAAACAGAAUUAUUAUGUGAAUAUGGGAUAUGCUAUACGAACUUUGAGGGAGGAGUUUCCUGAUCUCUUCUCUAAGGAACUUAGCUUUGACAUCUAUAGGGAUGAUAUUGUGUUGAAGGAUCCUCUGAAUACGUUUAUGGGUAUUGAGAAUUACAAAUCGAUAUUCUGGAACCUACGAUUUCAUGGCAAGAUAUUUUUCAAAAGUUUAUGGAUAGACAUAAAUAGUGUAUGGCAGCCGGUUGAGAAUGUAAUUAUGGUUCGCUGGACCGUUCACGGGAUCCCACGAGUUCCAUGGGAAAGCCGAGGUAGGUUUGAUGGGACGUCUGAGUAUAAACUUGAUAAACAGGGCAAGAUUUACGAGCAUCGGGUUGACAACAUUGCUUGGAAAAAACCUCCUAGGUUUAAAGUUAUGAGUGUGGAAGAAUUGAUUCAAUCUAUUGGCUGUCAGCAGACCCCAGGACCAACUUACUUCGAAAUAUCUUCAUCUGCUAAGAGAAAGUAAAAGCUACUCAUGCCCUUCAAAAAGUUUUGGACCAAAUUGUGCAUAUUAUGGUAUACAUUAAGCUAGAUAUUUAGCAUCUUGUUGUAGCACAAACCCUUGAGAAAAUUGUAUUUUUCUUUAGACCUAAUGGUUUAUAUGUAAAUAAUGGUUCCCAUAUCUACUGGCACCAGUUUUAAAGGGUCUUUGUUGGCUGUGUAGUGUAAAUAGUUGAAUUUGAAAAGCCAUGUAUAUAUAAUGCAGUUUCUACUUCAA